GGUGCAGGAGUCAUGUCCGUCUACCUCUUCAUGAAGCGUUACGCUGAGGAGGAGCUAUACAGGCCUCACCCCGCCCUCUACCGCCCCCGCAUGUCGGACUGCAGCGACUACAGUGGCCAGUUCCUCCACCCAGACUCCUGGCCUCCGCCGCAGCGCGGUCGCAGCGCCUCCGACGUCUCCUCCGACAUCUCCAUCCAGCUCAACCAGACCCCGCCCUCGCAGGCGCCUCCCAAGGGCGGCAGCAGCUCCCAUCCGACGCCCUCCUCCUCCGGGCCUUCAUCGGCGGCCAGCUACCAGCUCCAGCCGGCCUCCUCCUCCUCCACCUCCUCCUCCUAUCCACACCCCCUUCACCCGGCCUCCACCUUACCCAGGUCCUCCCACGCCCACGGUCACCCUCACCCCCACCCGAGCGGGCCCCCACCCCAGUCCCUUCCCAUGGCGGCGCCACCCUCAGCCGUGCCUCCCCCCCGCUAUCACACGCACAUGCGAAUGAGCGCCUCGCCGUGCUAGGCUACGUACGCAGGGGAGGGACAACACAAAAGGGGGGGGGGGGGGC